AUUGAUUUUCGUGGUUCCUACUCAGAAGCUCACAGUGUUGGUGAUUUUGGAGGAGAUGUGCUGAGUCAGUUUGAGCUGGACUUCAGCUACCUGGCGCCAAAUUGGUAUGUGCCUGUCAAAGACCUAGCAGCCAUCUACCAGGAAUUUUAUGGAAGCGAGAUCAUAACAGAAAGCACAAUUACUGACUGUACCUACCUGCUCUUUCUUGAACUGCAUGGAGAAAGGCUUGCUGUUGCCAAGCUUUUUCCCACAUAUGCUGGUAAAUCUCCAUUUCUGGUGGAGAAGUUCCAUGAUUAUUUCCUGGGAGGGGUAGAUGACAUGGCAUUUUGGACAAACAACAUUUUUGAGCAGACAAGCCAUAUGUUGGAAAAUGGAACCAGUGGCUGCUUCCUGCCCGAGAACCCUCUGUUUAUAAAAUGCACAAGUGGACACAAGAACAACUACAUGAGUAAGCGACCCAGAAGUGAACACUACAAGAAUACAACUUCUUCUCUUACAGAAGCAAUUAAAAAAAAUAUAACAUUCACAGAGAGAGGAGUUCACUUCAAUAUGCAAGCGUGGGCAGCAAACUCCCUCCGCUUCUUAAACCAGGCUUUGGCAACAAAUGUAUGGAGUGUGUUAGCAGCCCCACACGGACAGUCUUCUAAGUACAUCUCCAAGCCAGCAGCAUCGUAUUUUUUGACUUCACCCUAUGCUAGACUUGGAUGGGCCGUGAUCUCAGCUGACCUAAACCAGGAUGGAUGUGAAGAUGUGGUGGUUGGAGCGCCAGGUUACAGCACACUGGGCCGUGUUCAGAUAGGACGGGUCUAUGUCGUCUAUGGCAGCCGGUCAGGUUUGCCCCCAGAGGACAUGGAUCUGGAUGAGAAGGCAGACCAAGUGCUAGAGGGGCAGCAGCUUUCCGGCCGGUUUGGUUCUGCCUUGGCAGUGCUGGACUUCAACGACGAUGGGGUGCCCGAUCUGGCAGUGGGAGCACCCUCUGUAGGAUCUCAAUUUCUCACUUACAAAGGUGCUGUAUAUGUGUAUUUUGGCACGGAGGGAAGAGGCUUGGGAUCUCAACCAGAUGUUACCAUAACUUGCCAGUAUUCCUACUGUAACUUUGGUUGGUCCCUCCUGGCAGCUGAUGUUGAUGGGGAUGGAAAGGCUGAUCUGGUGGUUGGCUCCCCAUACGCGCCUGGUGGUGGGCAGCAGAGAGGAUUUGUGGUUGCCUUCUACUCUUUUUUCAACAGAAGUGCCCAAGGUCUGCUCUCAGUCGAGGAUGCCGACUGGAUGGUGAAGGGGGAAAAAAACUAUUCUUGGUUUGGCUUUUCACUGGACAGCUGUCAGCUGGAGAACACGACGCUGCUGCUCAUCGGCAGCCCUGCGUGGAAGCAUUGUGUUGGCUGCAACUCCUUUUCGGAUGCUGGGCAGAGCGUUGGGAAGGUCUAUGGCUAUAAGCCACCAAGCACAGAGCCCUGGUUUGCAGUGAUGGGCCACAAGGACAUGGGCAGAAUGGGAACAUCCCUUGCCAGUGGUGUCGUAUCCGUAGCUGGGAUCACUAAGACCGUUUUGGUGGUGGGCGCACCUACCACAGACAGCUUUUUUAGAUUUUCCUUUAUAUCCACGGUGCUGCACCAAGCCGGGCUGGCUUUCAUGUAUGAGCUGACGGAGAGCGCCCAGCCUUCCCUGCUCAGCAUCUUCAGCGGGGACAGAAGGUUUUCUCGCUUUGGCGGGGAUGUUUUCUUAAGUGAUCUGGACAACGAUGGUCUAGAUGAAAUAAUUGUGACGUCCCCGCUGCGAACUAACGAGAUCACCACGAUCCUGCUCGGCGGGGAAGCUGGCCGUGUCUACAUCUACAAUGGAAACCAGACGACUGCCUUGGAUGUGACGGGUCACUGCAAAUCAUGGAUAUCUCCCUGUCCUGAGGACUGGGCUCAGUAUGUCCUGAUUUCUCCUGAGGAAAGGUCAAGAUUUGGGAGUUCUGUUAUUACUGUAAAAUCUGAAAGAAAGGUAAGAAAAUAACUGCUGCUUUUUGCUUGCUGACAUCUUUCCAUCCCACUUG